AUGGCAGCCACCACGCUGGCCCCGCCGGAGAGCCUGGAGGUGUGGGUGCCGGAGCCCCUCACCUUCAGCCUCUGGGACUACGGGGUCUUCGGGCUGAUGCUGCUGGUCUCCACGGGCAUCGGGCUCUUCCACGGCCUCUCCAAGGGCGGGCAGAAGACCUCGGAGGACUUCUUCACGGGCGGCCGGCGGAUGGCGGCGGUGCCGGUGGGGCUCUCGCUCUCGGCCAGCUUCAUGUCGGCCAUCCAGGUGCUGGGGGUGCCGGCCGAGGCGUACCGCUACGGCUCCAAGUUCCUCUGGAUGUGCCUGGGGCAGCUGCUCAACACCCUGCUCACCGCCCACCUCUUCCUGCCCGUCUUCUACCGCCUGGGGCUCACCAGCACCUACGAGUACCUGGAGCGGCGGUUCAGCAGGCGCGUGCGGCUCUGCGGCACUGUGCAGUACAUAGCGGCCACGGUGCUGUACACGGGGAUCGUCAUCUACGCCCCCGCCCUGAUCCUCAACCAAGUGACCGGCUUGGACAUCUGGGCGUCGCUGCUCUCCACCGGAGCCAUCUGCACCUUCUACACCACCAUAGGCGGGAUGAAGGCUGUCAUCUGGACGGACGUCUUCCAGGUCUUCGUGAUGCUCUCCGGCUUCAUCGCCGUCAUCAUCCGGGGGCUGCUGCUGGCGGGGGGCCCCGCCAGGGUCCUGGCCAUCGCCGCCAACGGCUCCAGGGUGAACUUCGGCGACUUCAACCCCGACCCGCGGAGCCGCUACACCUUCUGGAGCUUCGUGCUGGGCGGCACGCUGCUCUGGCUCUCCAUGUACGGCGUGAACCAGGCGCAGGUCCAGCGCUACGUGGCCUGCAGGAGCGAGAGGGAGGCGAGGAUAGCGCUGCUGGUCAAUCAAGUGGGGCUCUUCUGCAUCGUCUCCAGCGCGGUGGCCUGUGGCCUUGUGAUGUUUGCGCUCUACAAGGACUGCGACCCCCUCCUGGCCGGCUACAUCUCGGCCCCGGACCAGUACAUGCCCUACCUGGUCCUCGACAUCUUCCAGACGUCCCCGGGGGUGCCGGGGUUGUUCCUGGCCUGCGCCUACAGCGGGACCCUGAGCACGGCCUCCACCAGCAUCAACGCCAUGGCCGCCGUCACCGUGGAGGACCUGGUGAAGCCCCGCAUGCCCGCGCUGUCACCGCGGAGGCUGACGCUGGUCUCCAAGGGGCUGUCGCUGAUCUACGGCACCGCCUGCAUCACGGUGGCAGCCCUGGCCUCGCUGCUGGGCGGCGGCGUGCUGCAGGGCUCCUUCACCGUCAUGGGGGUGAUCAGCGGCCCGCUGCUGGGAGCCUUCGUCCUGGGCAUGUUCGUGCCGGCGUGCACCACGGCCGCCCCGCUCCUCGCCCAGGGGGUGUUCGGGGGCCUGUGCGCCGGCCUGGCGCUCUCGCUGUGGGUGGCGGUGGGGGGCAGCCUCUACCCGCCCAGCGCCGCCGCCUCGGGCGUGCUGCCCGCCUCCGGAGCCCGCUGCCCGCUCUACAACCGCACCGCCGGCACCGACCGCACCCUGCUGCUGCUGGGGACGCUGCCCCCCCGCCGCCCGGCCCCGGCCCCCGCACGGCCGGCCGUGGUGGGCGACUUCUACGCCAUCUCCUACCUGUACUACGGGGCGCUGGGGACGCUCUGCACCGUGCUGGCGGGGGUGCUGCUCAGCUACCUGGCGGGGCCCACCAAGCGGGCACGGCUGCCCCCGGGCGUGCUGUGGUGGGACAUCACGAAGCAGACGUCCUCGGUGUCCCCGGUGGGGGCCACCCCCCCCCCGGGCGAGCACCCCACCAAGGUCCUCAGGGGUCCCCAGGGAGGGCCCGGCGCCGAGGCCCCCCCGGUGCUGCUGGUGCAGGCACCGGGGGGGCUGCAGGGCCCGGGCCCCCCCCGAGCUCUGCGGUGCCACCGAGCAGCUGCUGCAGGAGACCCACGUGUAGGGACAGGGGGGGCGUUACGGUGA